CCCUGAGGCACAUUAUCGCGUCCUAGAAACCAUAUCAAUUUCAUCAGAAUGGCUCCCACAAACGGCAAGAAACGCACCACAAUGCGCGCAAAGGUCGCCGCUGCCUCGCGACCUGCAACCACAUCCCCUGGCGUGAUAACAUCAUCCUCCAACACAAAAGCCGGAAAGCGAGAACUCAAACACGACACACUUAUCUCUCGCAUCGAAAAGUCACAAAAGAAGCCUUUGAAACGCCGUCGUCCGGGCAAGAAACUGAACACCGCGUUGGACUCACUUGCAGAUGCCUUACCCGAGCUUGAGGAAAACAGCGAUGACGACUGGGAAGGCAUUGAUGAGGAUGAGAAGACAGAUGGCAUGGAUGGUGCUCUUGGUGAGCUCAGCAAAAUGGUCAGAGUGAGAAAGGCAAAGCCGGCGGAUGGAAAGAUGAAGCUCAAGACCCUCAAGUCAAGGCCGGGAGCUUUGAAGAGGAAGCAGAAGAUGGAGGAGAGUGAGAAGGAGAGGUUUGGAAAGAAUCUGGCUAGUAUGAGUGUGCCGACUCAGGCAGCUCCUGAUGCUGCAGGCUCAGCAAACAGGUGGGCUGCUCUUCGUGGCUUCAUCGGUCAGACUCUGGAGCAGAAUCCUGGCUUCAAGAAGGCUUGAAGGACUUUUGCUCCGUUCGUGUCCGACAAAGUACCCGCCACGAUGGCUUCUCCAAGUCAUGGCACGACUUCGCUAAUUACCUGUCAACUCACGACACGUUUCGAGGCAGGUACACAGCGCUACUCGGGAAAUUCAGAAAGAGUCGAGUGCCUUUGACUCUAAAUAGCAACCGACACAGUCAGCGACAGCUAACAUCACAGCCGAAAAGACAUGCAUUCCGCCUGGGGCCAGGGCGCAACAACAUCUCCAGCCCCGACAUGAAGCUGACCUCUCGCUUGCACGAGCAAUCUCACUGCAAUGCUGUGCCGCAGAGAGCGUACAAUAGCUGAUCACUGAUUGAGUGCCGCGUAGGCACCGAGUAUAUAGAUGGUCUAUCCGGUCCUCUGACGACUCUGAUGUAUCACUGCCUUUUAUACUAUUUUCAUACCCUCACCUUCGUCA